CCGCCCCCUCUCUCCGCUAGGACGGGCUCGCCAAGGACUGUCAGAGUCACCGAGGCUUUUUCUAUGCCCUAACUAAAGUGGCCGCCUCUUUCAAAUGUACGACGCUACUGAAACGAAAGUCGGGAGAAUUCCUGAGCCUUUCCAGAACAUCGUGGAAAGGAGGGGGUGGAGCCAUCAGUGACCCGGAAGCAGAAGUGAUUCCCACAGGCGGAGUGCUUGGGUGAGGCAGCGGUGACCGCAGCGGUGGAAGCAGCAAUUUGUCCGUCUGCUUCCCCCAAACCUGGAAGAAGAUGCUAAUUAAAGUGAAGACGCUGACUGGAAAGGAGAUUGAGAUUGACAUUGAACCCACCGACAAGGUGGAACGAAUCAAGGAGCGUGUGGAGGAGAAAGAAGGAAUCCCCCCACAACAACAGCGGCUCAUCUACAGUGGCAAACAGAUGAAUGAUGAGAAGACAGCAGCUGAUUACAAGAUCCUAGGCGGUUCAGUCCUCCACUUGGUGUUGGCCCUGAGAGGAGGAAGUGGCCAUAGGCAGUGAUGGACCCUCCCUCCAUUUUACCUCUUUACUCUGUCACUUAUAAUGAGGCAUCAUAUAUCCUCUCACUUUCUGGGACUCCAGAGCCACUUCCCCCUCCCCUGGAUGCCCAGUCUUGUGUGUCUACAGGUGGGAGACUAUAAGGAC